AGUCUUGUUUUAUUAUAGAAAGAAAUAUUUGUUUUAUCACACAUAAUGUUUUCAUCAUUUUAGGACUGUAACCACUCAGUUGUUAACAAAGAUGCCUCCGUGGCCAGUAGUAAAGUGUGACUCUCUAAAAGGUUUAGGAUUUGAUUCCCAGAAGGGGUACCUCUUUGUAAAGUCACUUAGUGUAUUUUUUGUCAGUUUCCUUGGUACCCCAGUAAUCAGUCAAUGAUAUUAUUUCCUUUAUUUUCAAAUAGGCAUUUGUCAGGCUCGGUUUCCAACAAAGCGGAGAGGAGCGGAGACGAGCGGAGCGGAGCCAGUGUAUUGAUGUCUAUCGUAUGAUUCUUUCGAAUGUGCAAGGUGCGGGGAGAAGGCAGCAGGGGCCGAGGCAUCCGCUCCGCUUUAGUCCGCAAGAGCCCGACACAUCUCCGCUCGGCUCCGCGCGGCUGCCGCUGUCGAAUUCUAUGGAAAAAUGAGUCCUCCCGACACAUCUCUCCUCUCCGCUUGAUCCAUUUCCACCGAAGUUGAGCAUAGAGGAGAUGUGAAAAUAAAUAAUAUGAUUGGUUUGGAGACCGGGCCUCAUAGAGACAAGUCUCCGAAUCAUUUCAAUAAUGCAUACAAAUGCGGAACCUUAAAAUUGAAAUAAGAUAUUUUAUGUGCAUUUUGUUCUUUGACCCACUUGUGUCAUAAGAUCUGUGUAAUAAGUCUGUCGAUGAAAUUAAUAUUUUUUCACUGAUGGAUAGCUCAGUAACUGUCUUAGGAUCAAGGAAUAAUGAAGGGUGUGGUUUUUGCCUUUCUUUGCCUGUUGGCGGUAACAGUUCAAUCUGAAAAAAAUGUCGAGUCUGAACUUAGACGUCUCCCAAAGCUCUUCCACCUGGACGAUUACGAGGCGUGUAUGGAGAGGGACAAUGGCAUCUACUGCUUGGGGAAGUUCCAGAUCUACAGCGAUAUGGAGAACAACCCUCUAUUUGACCUAAUACAGGAGAAGGCUCAAGACAUCCACCUCUUCAAUCGCUCUUUCAUCCAUCGCGGGUACUGCUUAACCACGCGCUGCCCAAAUGCCGAAGCAAAUGUGACAACGCGCUUCGAACGCUGCGUAGAUACAUGGGCGCGUACGCACGCGUUGCGCACGCGCUUGCAUGAACUGCACUAUUGCAAAACAGCUGGCAAACCUCUGCCCAUAGAGAAAAACACGGACAUGCCCCACCAGCUGCUCCUCUACUUUGUUUAUGGCAUCCUUGCCUUGAAUCUCAUUGGAACUGUGUACGAUGUGAUGUUCAGGACAGGAGAAGGCAAUUUCAUCCUCAUGGCGUUCUCUUUUCCCGCAAAUUGGAAGAAAUUUGGUACGAUGUCGGAUGAAAGCGAUCCUCGAAUUAACAAUUUGCAAGUCCUCUACGGUAUUAGGACUUGGUUCAUGUGCACUGCCAUCGCAGCACACGUUGGACUCGUCGUGUGCAUGGUCUACCAGCACAACCCAAGGUUUUUCGAGAAGCUUCUCGCCUCCCGAGCCGGUUCCACGCUGGGAGCCUCGACGACGAUCACCCAAGCCUACAUCGUCAUGUCCAACUUCUUGACAGCUUUCAGCCUAAUAUCGGUUUCAGCCAAGCAUAAAAUUGGAUUGAGAACGAUACCCGUGCUUGUUUUGAAAAGAGCUAUCCGAUUGUACCCAAUAUAUUUGACCGUAAACGCGUUCGCUGCGACAUGGUGGACCAACGUUGGGCAGGGUCCGAUGUGGCCCCUUGUGGUGGGCGGCGAGAGCGCCAUCUGCCGCAAGAAGUUCUGGCUCACCACCGUGUUUUUACAGAACAUUGUAGACCCAGAACAAGUCUGUCUUGUUCAAACUUGGAUAAUGGCAGUGGACAUGCAACUCCAAGUGGCGACCAUGGUGCUAGUGCUGCUCCUGCUCAAACGCCGGGAGUGGGCGAUGCCGGUGCUGUAUGCCGUGUUCGCUGCGGUGACCGCGCUGACGACAGCCGUUGCAUUCAACAAAGAGUAUCUUCCGCUCUUCAAUGUCGUAACUCCUGAGUAA